ACUCCAUUCCCCUCCUCUUCAUUGUUCAAUUGCAUCUUCUCUUGUUCAUUGAUCUCAGAAUUUUCAAGCUACAAUGGGUGUUUUCACUGAUAACAUGGAGGUCACCACAAAGAUCCCCCCAACUCGGAUGUUCAGGGCCCUUGUCUUUGAUUAUGACAAUCUCAUCUCCAAGAUUAUUGUUCCAAAGGCCAUUCAGAAUGUCGAACUCAUUGAAGGCGAUGGAGGCCCUGGAAGCAUUAAAAAGAUCACCUUUGGAGAAGGAAGCCAAGUCAAGUAUGUGAAGCAUAAGAUUGAAGCAAUCGACGAGAAGGGCUUCUCAUUCAACUAUAGUGUCAUAGAAGGUGAUGCUCUGAUGAACAAUCUUGAGAAAAUCUCUCACGAUAUCAAAUUUAUGGCAGCUCCAGAUGGAGGAUCCAUUUGCAAGAUCGGCAUCAGCAAGCAUUAUACCAUUGGUGAUAUUUAUAUCAAGGAAGAAGAUGUCAAAGCGGAGAAAGAAAGGGCCUUGGGAUUGUUCAAGGCAGUAGAAGCUUACCUCCUCGCAAACCGUGGAGCUUGUAAGAUGAAAAUUGAUUGAGUCUUUAUUUGGCUUGUCUGAUUGUUUUACGCUUCUGGAUAAAUAAUAAAGGAAGGAUUUGUUCUUCCUAGUACUUUGUUUGCCUUAAUAAAUGUAGACCAGUCUG